AGUCUUCAAGAUAUGAGAUAUUUGUAUAUGAUCGAAACGAAAUAAAUUCUUUAUUUUCUUGGUUCAACCAUAUGAUCGAUAUGUAUCUCUAUGUUUAACUAGUUUAACCAGAAAAUUGUAAUUUACUAAUCAAACUAAACAUUGAUUACGUGAAUAAAACAUCAAUUAAACAAUAAUCACAUGAAGGGAAUGGGAAGAAUUCAAUCAGUAGUUAGAGAAUUUAAUGAUGAACUAAAUAAUAGGAUGUCAUCAUACGCACAUGAACACACAAAGGGAAAAAUGAUAUUAUAAUUGAAAAAAAUCACCAUUUACUUACCAGUAAAAUCAAGUGAGGCUCUGUUAUUUUCAUCGCUGGUUUAAAUUUCACCCAAAAGAAGAUCAUUGGGAGUUAAAAAGUAAAACAUAAAUUGAUGCGCAAUAAUAGCAACCAUUUUUUUAGUAUGAUGCGAUAUGAUUGAAUUUGAAACAAGUUACAGAGAGAGAGAAAGAGAGAGAGAAAGCAAAAGAAAAAGAAAGAGAUAUGUGGUUUAUUUUGCAAGUUGCAGUGCAUGGCCUCGGUCAGUACAAUCGUGAUAAAAUCCUGCUAUCAGUUUUCUUUCUUUCUUUCUUUCUUUCUUUCUUUCUUUUUGGUGGUGAAUCUAUCAUGAACCUACAUGUCUAUAUACUCAAAACACUUCAUCAAAUUUCAAUCUUUCAUCUAAAUUCUAACUUCAAAUCUUUUCAUUCUCACUACUUAAAUAACGAGUAUACUUGUGUAAUGAAAAGAGUAUAAUCUUAAUAGCUUUAUACUCGUUACUUAAGCAAUGAAUGAAUGGGUAUUGAAAAGGGUAUUAUAAUGUUAAUGGAGGUAUUCAAUUGAAAAAAAAUGAUAGAUAUAUGAAAAUGAUAGGUAUGAGGUGUGUAAUGGGGAGUGCAUGAAAAAAAUUAGAAGGGAAUAAAAAAGGGAGACAAUCCCACAUCCAUGAUAAUAUUAUUGGAUGCAGGGUCAUAGUCAUUCUUUUGUUAGUGUACCCACCAUUUAUUAUCCUUGUCUUUUGCCUCCAUUCCCUUCUCUCUGCUUCUUCCCAUCCACUAAAUAUACUCUUUUCCCCAUCUUUCCCUCCACUCAAUACCCUCAAUUUUUGUCACUCAUUUCACUUCUCUCUCUCUCUCUCUCUCUCCCUCCCUCUUUUCUCUCUUCUUCUUCUUCCAGUUAGGGUUUUGCUUCAGCUUGUUCAGCAGAGCUUUGCAGAAUUCAGUGACUAAAUCACCCUCACAAGUUAGUUUAUCAAAGGGAAAGGAAGAAGGGUUUUAAAGCUUUCUCACUGGAAAGGUAAAAGGGAGUUGGUUUUUUGGUGGUGGUUGUUUUAUUUAUACUUUUCUUUUUUCUUUUGAAUUGAUUCCAAAGAAAAGGCAAAGACCUAGAUCACAUAAGAGAGGUAAGUUUAUGUAGCUCUCUUUGUUUUGUAUGAGUAAAAGAAAUGCUAGAAAAAUAAUAAAAGUCGUGUUUUGGUUUGUUUGUUUGUUCUUAUAAAUUUAGUUAUUUUUUCUCUAUCCAUAGGUAAGAAAAAGGCUAAAAAAGAGAGGAAUUAAUCUAGACCCUUUGACGCGUAUGGGGCUAGGUAGAGCUUAAUUUAGGGCUCUCUCUUACCCAUUGGGUUAUAUCAUAUUUUGACGUGUGUGUGUGUGUGUGUGUGUUGAAGAAGAAUAUGCACAUAAAAUUCUGAUCACCUUUACUUUGUUUCACCACUGUCAUGUCUCACCUUCUUCACCUGAAUUGCAGAAUUUUGAAGCCUGUCUUUGUAGCUGCGUUGCACGCAACCUACUUUCUUCUCAAUUUACACUCUGAAAAAGAAAAAGAAAAAAAAAACAGAAACAAAGAGACAGUAUAUGCAACAAGCUUCAAAAGAAUCCAGAGAGAAGGCAGGAUGGCAUCAUCAAGUUCUUACAACUCUCCCUGUGCUGCUUGCAAGUUCUUGAGAAGAAAAUGCAUGUCAGGUUGCAUUUUUGCUCCUUAUUUCCCACCAGAAGAGCCUCAAAAGUUUGCCAAUGUGCACAAGAUCUUUGGGGCCAGCAACGUGACAAAGCUGCUGAAUGAACUUCUGCCUCACCAAAGAGAGGAUGCAGUGAACUCUCUUGCGUAUGAGGCCGAAGCCCGAGUCCGGGACCCGGUCUAUGGCUGCGUCGGAGCCAUCUCCUUCCUCCAAAGGCAAGUCCAGAGGCUCCAGAAGGAACUCGACGCUGCGAAUGCCGACCUAAUUCGGUACGCAUGCAACGAGAUACCUAAUGCAGGAGUAAGUCAUGUGGUUCAACCAAGCCCUGGUGCUCGCCCAAGAGCUUUGGAUCAGUUUCAUACAAGUUCAUCAACUGGGUAUUACAAUCAACAUCUUCCUGCUUUUCCCAUGGCUUAUCCACUGCCUUGGAAUGAAAACUCUCCUGGAAAUGACAUCAAUGAAGGAGGAGGGGAUGGCAAUAUUUGAAGAAAUCUUCUCCAAAAAAAAAUCCACAAAAUAGGGUUUUUUCAACCCUAAAGAGAACUUCUCUCUUCUGGUAUGUCACUUCCUCAUAUAAAUUAUAUAUAUAUAUAUAUAUAUAUAUGAUGGUUUUUCUAGCUAGCUUCCCUCAUUCACAUGGACAUUUGUCUAGCUGGAUGACUUAGUAAAUUUAAUUUUUCUAGUAUCAUUUAGAGGGUCUUGAGAAUUAGUUUCUUAAACCCCAUUAUCACUCUCCCAUUUAAAAUCCAAAACAAGUUCUCUGAGUUAUGUUCUUUUUUUUUUUUUU